ACUAGUCGAGGCAGUCGGCUGCACACGUGACCAAAUGGUACCGCAACAUGCGGCUGUGAGUUUUGUGCUGAUCUGUGUGCUGCAGAAUCUUUGUCAAGGGCAGGAAUGUGUCUCUUUGAAUAACAAAGAGGUCAAGUGUGAGAACUGGGAACAUUUCCCCACGUUCGGCCCGCAACACCUUAAUGCUCAUUUACUAGAUAUAAGCAAGAACAGCAUCAAGUUUGUACCGGAGACUGCCUUGGAAGGUUUCCCAUCACUAAAAAGCUUAAACCUAUCUAGAAAUGCACUGCGUUCCAUCAGCAGCCGGGCCUUCAGCAGGCACGCACUCAAAUGGAUAGAUUUGUCACACAAUAAAAUGACAGCUAUCAACCGUGAGGCCUUCCCCUCAGACCAACAGCUAAAACAGAGCGCGGCAAUCGGUGGCGUUUAUCUCCAUGGCAACCCAUGGGACUGUACCUGUAACUUGCAGUGGCUUGUGGAUGCGCUCCAAACUGGGAUGCUAAAGUCGUUGGGUAAAUCUGCCGAGUGUGCCACGCCCGAACUUCUCAGGGGGAAAGCUCUAAUGGAACUGGCUAGACAUGAAUACUGCUUUAACCCAGAAUGCGCUCACUGUGACGAUGCGGCCAGAUGUGUGAAGAAACCUAAUAGACAUGAGUGUGUAUGCAGGCCUAACUACAAGGGAAACGGUAUAUUUUGCGCAGGUAUACUCAGUCCCCCAAGCCAAGCACUGACAUUAUACCACUGCGUUAUUGUCAUGUCUGUAGAUAUUGACGAGUGCGCAGACAAGUCGACGCACGAUUGCAAAAAGAAUGAGAUCUGUGAGAACUUCGCAGGGGGGUUCGAAUGCAUCUGUCCUGACGGGUUCACAGUCACUGAGGGCGUGUGCAAGGAUGUAGACGAGUGUAAACCCCCUCCGGUUGGGUGUGGUCCCGCGUUAGGCAUGUGCCUUAACACCAUUGGUAGCUACAAGUGUAACUGUCACGCAGGACUCAAAUUCGUCAUAGGGCGUGGUUGUGUAGACGUUGACGAAUGCAAAGGCCCGGAUGACCCGUGUGUAGAUAUCCCGAACAGCAAGUGCAUCAACAAGGCCAUCAAGCACCACGGCGACCCGGGAUACCUGUGUAAAUGUAAUGAAGGGUACAUGCAGGUCGGGGAAGCCUGUGUUCUAAUGGGCGAUUCCACCAAAAUGUACAUCCUUGUCGGUGCUGGAUCGGGGAUCUUCACUAUUUGCGUCAUUAUCAUCGUGCUGAUCGCCGUGCUGUGCCGUAGACACAGCAAGCAGAAAGAAGAGAAAGCUCUGACGAUGGCACCAAUGGCUAUGGCCGCACCGAUGGAUUAUGCAUACAUGGAUCUGCCACAAACCCCCGAGGGAGGGGAGGAAGAGGAUGCCGAGUGGGGAGGGGGAGAGGAUGUCGACGACAUGGAUGAUUUUUGAGCUAGGGUUUUGUUAAAGCCUUUUAAGAUUUAAAAAUCUUAUCAUAUGAAAUGCAAAUUGAAUCGAA